AAAUAAGACCACACUUUUGUCUGAAAACCAAAAAAAAAAAUCUUCUCUUGGACGUCUCUCUUCUACAAUUUCUUCACGAUUCUACUUCUCUGUUAUCCCCAAAAUUCGCAACCUUUUCUCUUCAACACAAAAAUGGGUCCUAUCGUCAUCACCCAGCUAGCCACAGGUCUCAGCGUCUUAGCCGGUGCGGUUUUAGUCAAAUCAGUUCUUGACCAAAAGCCUAUGGCCGGUGGUCCGUUCCCUCGCUGUCCUACCUGCAACGGUACAGGGAGAGUCACGUGCUUCUGCACUCGAUGGUCUGAUGGAGAUGUUGGGUGUCGUAGGUGUUCUGGUUCGGGUCGUGCGACUUGUAGCAAUUGCGGUGGUACUGGAACCGGUACACCUUUACCGGUUCGGAUCACGGUUCAGCCACCGAAUCGUCCUUUCUGAUUCGACAAAUUUGUCUUUCCAGGCCGUCCCGUGAGACAUAUGAUAAUACCCGCAACAAAACAAUUCAGGUCACUCCAAAACACUUUAGGCAUAGACUGACAUAGUUAAAGUUGUCGAUUUAACUUGACAUAAUUCAUCAAUCAUUACUUUGCUUAUUUUUUAUUAAAAUAAUAAUUUUAGUUAUUUGUAUCAUACCCAAAACAUAUCAUACAAAGUAAAAAUAAUUUCAGAAGAUAUUUUACAUUUGUCUUAU